UCUUGAUUUCAAUGAACGCCAGUUUUAAGUAGCAAAUUCACGCAACUCUUUGAACAUGGAGCGCCUGUACAGUUUCGGUCUCAGGAGCAGGGGAGGAGACCAGAUGAGGAGGGCGGUUCCUGUGGAGAGGAGCACUGUGGGAGUGUUUGUCGGGAUGUGGGACAAGCGGAGGCGGCGGCGCACCUGGGAGUUCACAGGAACAAGCAAUCGUGUCUUCACUUUUUCACCACAAAACUCCCAAACCCAGGUCAUGCACUAAGUUUCCGGCGCAAUCGGGUGGAAAAUGUACACGACGGAGCGUAGGCGGAUGAGCCUACGUGAAGUAAUGAGGAAGGAUCCCGUGUGGGUGUCCGCUGGAAGUUUGUGGCAGGACUCCUCGGUGCUGGCGCUGACUGCCAGCAGCGGCGGCUCGGGUAAACAGAUCGUUUCCCCGCGAAGUCGGACCCGAGCGGUAUCCGUGGCUUAUAUUGUCAGCGAGGACGCGUCUGUGCCGCACUCAGAGAACUUGUCACUGAAAAGUUUGAAGGAAGCCUGCGCAGACGCGCACGCCUCUCUGAGAACCAUUUCAUUUGAUGAAAUAUCAGUGGGAACCACAGACAUCCUGGACAGUUUCUACAAUGCAGAUGUAGCAGUGGUGGAGAUGAGCGAUUCUUUCUGCCAGCCGUCUCUUUUCUACCAUCUGGGAGUGAGAGAGAGCUUCAGUAUGACUAAUAACAUUAUCCUGUAUUGUUACAAGCAGGAUAGUGAUCUGCAGUCUCUUAAGGAGCAGUGUGGGAGUUAUACCUUCAUCCCAUACGUAGUGUCACCUCAAGGCGAAGUGUUCGCCUGUGACACCACCAUGAUGACCUGCAUCAAGGAGCUGAUGCAGCCCAGUUUACAGCUGGACCCCCUUCUCACCCCGCUGGUGGAUAGACUGGUGAACCUGUUGAACAACAUGCACAUUCAGACCAGCGAGUACUACCGGGAGUCGCUCAGGCAUGAGAUCCGGAUGGCACGAGAGCGAUUCAGUGGAAAAGCCCUGAGCGAGGAACUGAACCACAUCCAGAGUCGCCUGGAUAGUAUAGAUCUGCUCACGCCUGAUAUAGUCAUGAACCUGCUGCUGUCCUACAGAGAUGCUCAGGAUUACAAUGCCAUGAUCAAACUGGUGGAGACUCUGAACAACCUGCCAAUGUGCCAGGCUGCAAGGCACCAGAAUAUCAAGUUUCAUUAUAUAUUUGCUCUAAACAGGAGGAAUCAUCCCUGCGAUCGAGUAAAUGCUCUGAAGUUAAUCCUGCCCGUUGUGGAGUCGGCAGACAAGGUGGCAUCGGACCUCUACUGCCUGUGUGGACGGAUCUACAAGGACAUGUUCAUGAGCUCGGGCUUCACUGACGUAUCUAGCAGAGACCAGGCCUGCUUUUGGUAUGGAAAAGCGUUUGAAGCAGAGCCAACCCUCCACUCUGGGAUCAACAGCGUGGUCCUCCUCAUGGCAGCUGGACAUGAAUUUGAGACUUCUAUUGGGCUGCGCAAAAUAGGUGUUACUAUAAGCGCACUGCUCGGCAGAAAGGGCAGUUUGGAGAAGAUGACGGACUACUGGGAUGUAGGUUUCUACCUCGGAGCCAACAUCCUCGCUAAAGAGUUCAGGAAAGUCAUAGAAGCUUCUGAGAAGCUCUACAGACUCAAGGCUCCUGUUUGGUAUCUGGCAUCCAUUAUGGAGACGUACAUCCUGUACCACCAGUUUGUCAAGGCGCCUGAGGUGCAGUCGCCCAAACAGGAUACGAUGGACUUCUGGAUGGAGCUGCUUCUGCAAUCCUGCAGACCCACUGUCUGGACAAACCGCUGCCCAGUGCUCAUUCUGGAGCCCAGUAAAGUCUUCCAGCCGUCUAUCGUGAGCAUCAGCGAGGAGGACGAGAGUCGCACUGUUCAGUUGCAACAUGUCACACCUUUGAAGAAAGGCUUACACCAGUGGACUUUCCCAGCGACUGCAAUCCGAGGAGUGAGUGCAUCAAAGAGCGAUGAGCGGAGCUGCUUCCUGUAUGUACACUACAACUCUGAUGACUUCCAGCUUUGCUUCCCAUCAGAGAUCCACUGUAAGGGUUUCUGUGAGUUGGUCAACUCUCUGCUGCACCAGGCUGAAAACACUCAGGAACCCCAACUUCUAACUCAAGGAAUACUUGAGUUCAUCUAUGAGACCAAUGAGAAUGGCGACAGGGUGGUUCUUGGUAAAGGGACAUAUGGCGUGGUGUACGCUGGUAGGGACCUGAGCAACCAAGUCCGCAUCGCCAUCAAAGAGAUUCCUGAAAAAGACAGCACGUACUCGCAGCCGCUCCAUGAGGAAAUAGCCCUACAUAAAAGGCUCAAACACAGGAAUAUUGUCCAGUAUCUUGGCUCCAUCAGUCAGGAUGGUUUCAUCAAGAUCUUCAUGGAAGAAGUACCAGGAGGAAGUCUAUCGUCUCUCCUGCGCUCCAAAUGGGGUCCUCUGAAGGACAACGAAGCUACCAUCAUCUUCUACACCAAACAGGUCCUCGAGGGACUAAAGUACCUUCAUGACAACCAGAUUGUCCACAGAGACAUUAAGGGGGAUAACGUGCUCAUCAACACCUACAGUGGCGUGUUAAAGAUCUCUGAUUUUGGGACAUCCAAGCGGUUAGCAGGAAUCAAUCCCUGCACCGAAACGUUUACAGGGACACUUCAGUACAUGGCUCCAGAGAUUAUAGACCAAGGACCUCGAGGUUAUGGGAAGCCUGCUGAUAUCUGGUCCCUGGGGUGCACUAUCAUAGAAAUGGCAACAGGCAAGCCUCCCUUUCAUGAGCUGGGAAAUCCUCAGGCAGCCAUGUUUAAGGUGGGCAUGUUUAAAAUCCACCCGAGGGUUCCAGAGAGCAUGUCAGUUGAGGCCAAGGGCUUCAUCAUGAAGUGCUUUGUGCCAAAACCGGAUGAUAGAGCCACCGCCGCAGAGCUACUGAACGAUGCCUUCCUCAGGUUAUCCUCCAGGAAGAAGACCAAACCCCCAAAGGACUCAGACUUGACAGAUUCAGCCGACUAUCACCGCAGUUUAUCUGUGCCCAUCUCCAUCCUCGUGGAGGACACUGAUUUGGACACAAGCUCGAUUGACCUGGCUUCUUCUCUGGACUUGAGAAAGCACUGGUCUGCCACCAGAGUGGCAGAGAUCUCAAAAAGUCCCCCUUGCACCAGCGGCUUCCUGUCAACACCUUAUGACUCUGCAUCUGACAUGAUCAGUCCAGUCUCUUCGGAGGAGAAUAUCGGCCUGUUUAUGCUGCGGAAGGACAGUGAGAGGAGAGCAACACUCCACAGAGUCCUCACUGAGUACAUCAUUAAUGUCGUCACAUAUAUACAGGAGUCUAUACCUCAGUUCGAUGACGGAUCGUCACUUAGUGAGGACCACAUUAUUGCACUUAUUACCUGCCUGCGUGAAAACAUCCGCUCGCCAAGCAGAAAGCACCUUGCCAAUGGCCUUCUAGAGCUGCGCUCAACUCUGGUGGCAGCAGCAAUACCUUUGAACAGCCUGCAGGCAGUGCUCUUUAACUUCCAGGAUGCAGUGAAGAAGGUGCUGAAGCAACAACGGGUGAAACCUCAUUGGAUGUUUGCUCUAGACAAUCUGCUGAGACAGGCCGUGCAGGAUGCUAUAACUGUCCUGCUGCCAGAGCUGAAACUCCAUCUGCAGUCUUCAUUUGAGUUGGAGGACAGCAUCCCUGAGGAGCAGCCUGUUGACCCUGAAACUCCUGUAGUCCUUGUCCCUGACCAACGGGGGGCGCCAACAGACACUCAGCAGGCAGGAACUGGGAAUAAGAACAGGACCACGGCUGGCCUCAACUCCCCGACCGAGGUCUUCCACAACAGGAACUGUCCGCUCAGCGAGAAACUGAUAGACAUGAGAGUAGAGACCAGGAGACUGCUGAAUGAGCUGAGUGAAAAGGAGCUAGAGUACCAGGAGGUGCUGAGAAACUCUUUCCAGCAGAAACAGGAGCAGAUAGAUGAACUGAGGAAAACGUUCAUCAUCGAAGAGAACAAGUUGAAUUCAAAUAAACACUCUAACGCAGAGACUAAGAGUUUGGUUUGCUGGCUCAAAUCUGUCCCUGUGGACCAAGACACCAUCAAUAAGCUGCUCUUUCAUGAGUUCACCUUGGACUGUCUCCUCAACAUGACCUCCAGGAAUGACUUGGUGUACUGUGGAAUACGGGGCGCUAUGCUGUGUCGACUCUGGGCAGCCAUUGUGGCUCAAAGGAAGACUCAUCUAAACACGUAAAUCAAGGACAGUGAGGACACUCUUCUUGAAGUGCUGCUGAUGUUACGCAUCAAAGGACAGUUUUCCUGACAGGCUGGUCUUCUGUGACUUUGAGAUACAAGCUGCUGAUGUAAAGCAGAUUUUAGUUACUAUGAAUGUAUUUUGCUAGUGUACAGAAAACAUAUGUCUUUGUGAAUGGAAGCAGAAUCUAAUAUUCUUUUAUUUUUCGUAUGUUUUGUACAUUCUCCGGGUUUUGGUGUAUGGGAUUGGAUUUUUCCAGAAAAAGUAACCUUUUAUGUAUUAAUAGGUAUUAAUGUGUAAGGAAACAGACAAACCUAUUUUUUUAACUUCCCUUUUUUCAAGACCUGUUUUACUACAGAAACUACUUACAUUCUUAUUUGUAUUGUAGUGUAUAUAAAUGAAUUUAGAUAAUAAACAGGAUCAUCUCUUA